GAGGCGGCGGGCGCGGGCGCGGAGCCCCGGAACACCUGCGCCGCAGGGAACCUCAGCAGCUGCCGGCCCCUACCAGAAGGAACCAGAGCCUCGGACCCUUCCUCAUUUUUGGAGAUGGCGGGUGAAAUCACAGACACCGGGGAGCUCUAUUCUCCCUACGUGGGGCUGGUGUACAUGUUCAACCUCAUCGUGGGCACUGGCGCGCUCACCAUGCCCAAGGCCUUCGCCAGCGCUGGGUGGCUGGUCAGCCUGGUCCUGCUGGUUUUCCUGGCCUUCAUGAGCUUUGUCACCACUACCUUUGUGAUGGAGGCCAUGGCGGCGGCCAACGCGCAGCUCCACUGGAAGAGGAUGGAAAACCGGCAGGAGGAGGAAGGUGAUGACUCCUCCUCGGCCUCCGACAGUGAUGGCCUCACGCAGGACAACUACGAGCGGGCAGAGAAACGGCCCAUCCUGUCAGUGCAGAGACGGGGCUCCCAGAACCUUUUUGAAAUCACAGACCGGGUGGAAAUGGGACAGAUGGCCUCCAUCUUCUUCAAUAAAGUGGGGGUGAACCUGUUCUACUUCUGCAUCAUCAUCUACCUGUACGGGGACCUGGCCAUCUACGCCGCUGCCGUGCCCCUCUCCCUCAUGCAGGUGACCUGCAGUGCCACCGGCAACGACUCCUGUGGAGUGGAGGCCGGCACCAAGUACAACGACACGGACCGGUGCUGGGGACCCCUGCGCCGAGUGGACGCCUACCGCAUCUACCUGGCUGUCUUCACUCUCCUCCUGGGACCUUUCACCUUCUUUGACGUCCAGAAGACCAAAUACCUGCAGCUCCUGACCUCUCUGAUGAGAUGGAUCGCCUUCGCCGUCAUGAUCGUGCUGGCCCUGGUCCGCAUCGGGCACGGGCAGGGGGAGGGGCACCCGCCCCUGGCCAACCUCUCGGGCGUGCGGAACCUGUUCGGGGUGUGCGUCUACUCCUUCAUGUGCCAGCACUCGCUGCCGUCCCUCGUCACGCCCGUGUCCUCCAAGCGCCACCUGACGCGGCUCAUCCUCAUGGACUACGUGCUCAUCCUGGCCUUCUACGGCCUCCUCUCCUUCACGGCCAUCUUCUGCUUCCGCGGCGACAGCCUCCUGGACAUGUACACCCUGAACUUCGCGCGCUGCGAUGUGGUGAGCGUGGCCGCCGUGCGCUACUUCCUGGGCCUCUUCCCCGUCUUCACCAUCAGCACCAACUUCCCCAUCAUCGCCGUGACCCUCCGCAACAACUGGAAGACGCUCUUCCACCGCGAGGGGGGCACGUACCCCUGGGUGGUGGACCGGGUGGUGUUCCCCACCAUCACCCUGCUGCCCCCGGUGCUGGUGGCUUUCUGCACCCAUGACCUGGAGUCCCUGGUGGGCAUCACCGGGGCCUACGCGGGCACCGGCAUCCAGUACGUCAUCCCCGCCUUCCUGGUAUACCUCUGCCGCAAGGACUCCCAGCUGGCCUUCGGCUACGGGGCGGUCAACAAGCACCGCUCCCCCUUCCGGCACACCUUCUGGGUGGGCUUCGUGCUGGUCUGGGCCUUCUCCUGCUUCUUCUUCGUCACCGCCAACAUCGUCCUCAGCGAGAGCAAGGCCUGAUGGCAGAGCCAAGAUCUGCUACCUCCCAGCCUCUGGGAGGGGACCCUCUGCCUCACCAGCUGGGGGCUCCUCUCCCUGCGAAGGUCCUACUGCCCGGGGCUGCCCCCGGCCAGCUGGGCUAUGCAGCCCAGGCCUGUGGCUGCUCCAGAUUCCAGGACUUGGUACCUGAACCGCCCCCUCUGCUUUAUAUCCCCACACGGGCUCCGCCCUUACCAGGUGGAGACCCGGUCCUGGCACUGCCUCUAUUUAUACCCUCUCUCCCCUCUGUGCCCCCUCCAGACCCUCUGCGUCCCUGUCUGGGAAAUCCCCCCUCAGAGCUGCUGUCUCCUCAGGGCAAACCCCAGCCCUAACCCUCCUCCCCACCAGCUGGCCUGUGGCCACAGGCCUACCUCCCGGUGUCACUUCUAGGUGAGGGUCUGGCCAGCCCCAAAGACGAGAACAGGAAAUGCUAAUUGGUACCAGAAACUCCCAGAGCCACGAGGGCCCUGGCUUGGGCACAGCUCCAUCUGGCUCACGGGCCUACCCUGACUCAGGGGGCAGGCAGAACAGCAGCCCUGUGCUGGGUGUGCGACCUGGAGUUUCAGACCCUAAAGGUGAUCCUGUGCUCUCUGCACUGCCCACCAGAUCCUCAGGGCCUCCUGCAGUGCAUGGGGCUGUGCAGGGGGCCCCAGAGGGAGCUGCCCUCAUCUACUGCCACCGUGGCUUGGAAGGCCUGGGCAUAGAGCAGCCGGCCCAGGGUGCUGCCCUGAGAGGUCAGGCCCGAGGCAGCAGCCGGGCUGUGGAUGCUCGGUGUCCACACUCCCCAGUCCUGCGGGAGGCGUGGGGCGAGGUGGCGCCUCGGCCACCAUUCCUGUGGUAGAGGCCGGGUCGCAGCCUGCCCGCCUGGGCCACACACACCCCCACCCCCAACAAUCAUGCAUGCACCUGCAGCCGGCCUUCCCAGGGACGCAGGUGGUGGAUGAACUGCAUUUCAACGUGCCUUCUCCUGCUUCGGGACCCAGGGUCCUUCCUGACCCUCCCUGGCUUGGCCGGCCCUGGGCCUGUCCCCACCUGUCCUGGAGCCCAGCACAAGGGACCAGGACCUGCCUCUCCGGGGUGGGGUGUCAGCACCCUGCCCCUCCCUCUUGAUCUCAGUGCCUUGCUCAGCCCUUGGCCGCCUCUUCCUGCCUCUCACCAUCUUCAUACUCUGGAGGGAGCGACGAUGGCGGGGCCUCGGGUCCGACAGGAAGAGUAGUCCCCCGCCCCCCGCCAGCCUGUGGGACUCCCACAGCCUCAUCAGCCACCAUCUGCUCUCCCGCUUGCCCCUCGUCUGCAGUUCUCACCGCUGCCACGAGUCAUUGUCCUCCAUGUGAAAAAUAGAUGCCCCUUCCCACCUGCCAUGUGGCUCCUUCCCAAGAGGCCCUGCUCCAAGGCGGGCAGCGGAGGAAAGAAUCCACAGCAGUGGAGGCAGCCGAGAAAAUGAAGACCUGGCCCGGCCCCCUGCGGCCGUGCCCGCCCUGGAGCUGCCCGGCUCUUUGCAGAAACUCAAUUAAAACAUCUGUACUUACCCUUCUCCAAUUACAUUCCCUCUCCCUUAAAGACAAAGCAAAUUAAAUCAACCUGCCGCCCCAGGCGCCA